AUGACACACGAUUCAACACCAUACCCAUACCCGUAUUCACAGGCUGCGCAGCUGGAUCCGCGCAUCACCGACCCAAGACCGCCCAUCGAUCCUGGUCUAGCACCUUUGAUCGACUCUGCCCUUUUACCGGAAGAGUUGGAUGUAGCCUUCCUCCGCGGCUUCGAUGUUGGUGGCAGUCCCGAACCAAUCCUCGCCGCGAACCCGCAUCUGACGCAUACGGAGCAUGCCGUACCCGGCUCGUGCGGCCACAGCAUCGCCUUGUCAGUCUUCGCCCCAAAGGCCUCGCCCAAUGCCUUACCAGUCCUGUAUUACAUACACGGUGGCGGCAUGAUCUCAGGCGAUCGCUUCAGCGCUGUUGCGCAACUAGUCGAUCUCGUCCAAGACAUCCCAUGCGUCAUCGCUUCGAUCGAAUACCGACUCGCACCCGAGACACCUGCACCAGGCGGCGCCGAAGACUGCUAUGAUGGGCUGGUCUGGCUCUCGACAAACGCCGCGCGCCUAGGCAUCGAUCCAGCCGCGAUCGUGAUCUGCGGGUCCUCGGGCGGUGCGCCCCUCGCUGCAGCAACCUGUCUCAUGGCACGCGACAAAGCAACCCCAACCGUGCCGAUCAAAGCGCAAAUGCUAUUGUCGCCCAUGCUCGACGACCGCUGCGACAGCGUCUCAGACCACCAGUUCGAGUACGGUGUGCCCUGGAACGGCGCCACGAACCGCGCGGCCUGGAACCACGCCCUUGCCGGUCAGCGUGGUACCAACACAGUCACCGCAUAUCAGGCCCCAUCCCGCGCUACCGACCUGUCCAACUUACCUCAGACUUACAUCGAUGCGGCUGAAUGCGAGGUCUUCCGCGAUCCUGCAGUCAUGUAUGCUAUGAAUAUGUGGCGGUGUGGUUCCUCGUGUGAGCUGCAUGUCUGGCCUGGAGGCACGCACUUGUUUGAUGCUGUUGAGAAUCCGAAGGUGCCGGUUGUGGGGGCUGCGAUUGCGGCGAAGAGAGCUUGGCUAGGGAGGAUAAUGCUGCCAUUGGGUGAUGAUGGGAGCACAGUAUGA